GUAGUACAAGAACUGAAAAAUAAUUUUUGGUUGCCAGUAUACCUGUAGUCGUUGCACUGAUCAGUCGAUAGUUUUGUGAUAAAUUAUUUCUCAAGUGAAUUAAAUUAUUAACCAUGGGACGUGAUUCUAGAAAGGUUUCAAGAGAACUUCGGAGUUCUGAAAAAAUUAAUAAGUCGCGUUCAGUCAAAAGAAAGAAUGUUUUUAAUCCGAAAACAGCCGAACGUGAUGAAAGUAUUCAGAGUACAUCUUCUAAAAAAUUAAAACAAAACACUGAAGAUGAUGUACCUGAAGACAGCAGUACUGAAUUUCGAAUAAUAAAUUUUAUUCAGGUAUUCACUGCAAUUUCUGCUCUUAUAAAAUGUAAAAAAUGUGAUGGAAAUGUAGUGUUUCAAACAGCAAGUACACGUGGGCUGGGAUUCAAAAUUGUAGUUGCAUGUAAUAACUGUGGAAAUGAAUAUAUUCCUUCCUGUUCUUUCGUUGGGCAUUCUUAUGAAAUAAACAGACGUUUCAUUUUUGUAAUGAGAAUACUAGGAAUAGGAUACGAAGGAUUGUGCAAGUUUUGCGGCCUGAUGGACAUGCCGUCUUUUUUAGAUAAAUCUACGCAUACAAUUUUACUGAAACAGAUUUUGAAUUGUAGUAAAGCCGUCGCAGAAACCUUCAUGACGAAAGCUGUGAAUGAAGAAAAGCAAGCAAUGCCAACAACUGAAAAUGAAGAUAUAAAUCAUCUAACUGUAUCGGGAGAUGGAACCUGGCAAAAACGGGGAUAUACAUCGUCAUUUGGAGUUUCUUCUAUAAUUGGCUAUUUUACUGGAAAGAUUCUUGACAUAAACAUUAAAAGUGCAUAUUGUAAGCUAUGUGAGUAUUGGAAAAAAAAAACAAAUACUGUUGAGUUCGAGGAAUGGUAUCAAUCGCAUGAAGAUGUGUGUUCUGCUAAUCAUUAAGGGUCUUCUGGGAAAAUGGAGGUGGAUGCGAUGGUCGAAAUGUUUUCGUAUUCUGAAACUAAAUAUGGAGUUAAGUAUGCCAACUAUAUUGGUGAUGGUGACUCCAAGACCUAUUCAGGAAUUAUAAAAUCAGAUCCUUACGAAAAUACAACUGUAAAUAAAAAGGAAUGUAUAGGGCAUGUCCAAAAGCGGAUGGGGAGUCGAUUACGUACGCUGAAGAGUAAACAAAAAGGUCUUGGUGGUCGAGGUAAGCUCACAGGAAAAUUAAUAGACAAACUAACUGUGUACUAUGGUUUAGCAAUACGCCGGCAUUGUGAUUCUAUUGAAAAUAUGAAAUCUGCUAUAAUGGCAACCUUUUAUCACUACGGCUCGAGUGAUGAAAAACCGAAUCAUGAUAUGUGUCCAAAAGGCGAAGAAUCUUGGUGCUCUUACCAGCGCGCUGAAGCAAGAGGAGAGCUUGAUACCUUUUCUCACGAUUAUUCUCCUUUACCUUCUGAUGUUUUAAAAGCUAUCAAGCCUAUAUACGAAGAUCUUAGUAAUGAAAAUUUACUUUCAAGAUGUGUAGGUGGAUUCAAUCAGAAUAAUAAUGAAAGCUUUAACCAACUAGUAUGGAAAAUAUGUCCAAAAACGGUAAAUACUAGUUUUACUAUCGUACAAAUAGCUGCAUACGUUGCUAUGUGUAUAUUUAAUGAGGGUAUAAAUUCAUUAUUAGUCUUGAUGAAUACACUAGGACUUAAUUGUGGGCCUAAUUCUCAUCGGUAUGCAGAAAGAAUGGAUGCUGCACGUAUCAAAGUAGCAGAUAAGCGCGCUAAUGAUAACACCCGAGAAGGUCGAUUGCAACGUAGGCACCAGCAAAUCGAUAUUUUGGAAGCUGCUAUGUCGGCUGAAGAGCUAUUAUAUGGUCCAGGAAUAGAUGACUCAGUAUGAAUCUCCAAGGACUUAUGAUGAUCACCGCAAAGGACUUCGGGAGGAACGGGCUCUACAAAAACAGCGAUAACUUUUUGAAUUAUUAAUUUUUUUUUUUGAAAUUUUCGUGAAGUCAAAUCGAAACGUGUUCUAAUAAAGCUAUGUUUUUAUUUUUGUCAAAUAAAGUAAUUAACUACAAAAAAAAAAUUAUUGA